UGGGCGGUUCCGGGGAGAAAAGUGAGAUAACGGAAAAGGAAUAAACGCCUAGCUAAGGGUGCAACAAGUGUAUAAAUUAUGGUACCUGCGUAAUCAGGAAGUUCAGAGCUAGUACUGCCGUGCAAGGAGCACCAUGAACUGUGAGCACAGUGAUAUAGAUCAGUGAUUUUCCUCGUAAGGAUACCGGAGAUUUCCCGGAUUGUGGAACGUUUUGUUUUUUUGCUUUUGUGGAAAAGUGUUCAGUGAAAGACUAAGGCUACAAUUGGCCACCUAUUGGGUUUCAUUGUUUCGCAUCCUUUCCUUUCGAGCCUAUAAGUUCGGAGACAAUCGCCGCAGCAAGGCAUUCACUGUUUUGUGCUUCAUCGCUUAAGUGUUGUGUUUCUCAUUUUCUAUAUACAAUAUAUAUUGCUGGCAAUUACCAAACCGGCGAACUGUGGAAAUAUAAUAAAUUAAACCAAGGAGCACCAAUUAUUGUGUAACUAGACACUCGCCAAGUAAAAACCGACACACAGUCAUCACAUCACAAUCAUCAGCUAUCAUCAUGAACCGUCAAUUUCCGCAACGACAAGAGCUGACCGCUUCGGUGCCGGUCAAACUGCUCACAGCCGGAACGGCCGCGUGCUGGGCCGAUUUCGUCACAUUUCCGCUGGAUACGGCCAAAGUGAGACUGCAGAUCCAGGGAGAGCAACCGGUGCGAAGCGCAGCGCUAAAACCAACGACAGCUGUUGGUAAUAUCAGCAGUGCGCCGGUGCAGUCGCUCAAACUAAAUCCCACCGCGUUUCCCGUGGUACAGCAUGUGCAGUACCGCGGGCUUGUCGGAACAAUUACGACCAUCACCCGCCAGGAGGGCUUUCGCACGUUAUACAGUGGCCUGUCGGCUGGGCUGCAGCGUCAGAUGUGCUUCUCCUCGAUUCGGAUAGGACUGUACGAUACAGUCAAAGUAUUUUAUUCGUCUAUUUUUAAAGAAAACGAAGCGGGUCUUCAAAUUGCCACUCGAAUCUGCGCUGGACUAACAACCGGUGGCCUAGCAGUAAUGCUAGCUCACCCGACCGACGUGGUUAAGGUUCGCUUCCAGGCCGCAACCAGAUCGACAACCGGUCGUCGGUACACUUCCACGCUGGAAGCGUACCGAACGAUAGGCCGCGAAGAAGGCGUGCGUGGAUUAUGGAAAGGCGCAGUCCCCAACAUCGGCCGUAAUGCUAUCAUCAACGUGGCCGAAAUCGUAUGCUACGAUGUGGUGAAGGAUUGCCUGUUAACCUAUACGCACAUUCCGAACGAUGUUCGGUUACAUUUCAGCGCCGCAGUGAUAGCCGGUUUUGCGGCCACUGUAGUCGCUUCACCGGUUGAUGUAGUUAAGACCCGUUAUAUGAACUCUCCGAAGGGGCAAUACAAAGGUGUGAUAGAGUGUGCCAUCAAGAUGGGCAAGAAAGAAGGCGUGGGCGCAUUCUACAAAGGAUUCGUACCAUCUUUUGCACGGUUAGUCUCGUGGAAUGUAGUGAUGUGGAUCACCUACGAACAAAUGAAGUUAUUACUUUUUAAACCGCAAGUCAUCGAACGUCGUCACUAGUUUCGAACGUAGUCAUUACUCAUUAGGCAUAUAGAUGGUAGGCAAAGUCUAUAACGAUAUUAUUUUUUUUAACCAUUGACAUUGUGAUUCAAAAUGAAAUCAAU